CCAAUGAAGCGCUCUUGUAGCAGUGAAUUCAUUCGUCCAGACUUGUCUGAGCUCAGAGUGAUUCUGCUUGGAAGCCGCUGGUCCCACAGGAGUUCAGUGGGAAACUUCAUACUAGGAAUUAAUGCCUUUAAAUGUGAAACUAACGUCUGUAUGAGAUGCAGUGGAGAAGUGGAAAAAAUUAAAAUAGCUGUUAUCAAUACUCCAGACGUUCUGUUAAACACAGAAGACAAACUGACAGAGUUUAUUAAAGACUGUGUGGAGGCCUCUGCUCCUGGUCCUCAUGUGUUUCUGUUGGUACUUAAGCCAGAAGUCAUCACAGACAAAGAAAAAGACAGGAUAUGCAUAAUCCUAAAAGCUUUUAGUGAUCAAUCAUUCAAUCAUUCGAUUCUAAUGAUAUUGAAAACUGAACUGAGGGAGCUUAUCAACGUUUUUCAACAUCCCAUGAAAAAUGCUCCAAUCAAGGAACUGAUCAGGAAAUGUAGAUAUCGAUACUUAAAGAAGGAGGACAUCGAACUGCCAGAGCUGCUGACUCGCUUUGGCCAAAUUGUAAAAGAGAAUGGUGGAGAAUAUGUGACUCACGAAGAGUUUAAAGAUGCAGCAACAACUUUGGAAGAUUCUCAUCAGAGCCAGAAGGAAAAGGCAGCAAUGGGUUCUAUUGCAGCUGCUGUUCAAGCUGCUGGUAUUUCUGCUCAAGUACCCAAGACACAUCGUUCAUAUGAAGCAUCUCGUUUCAGGAUUGUGUUGUUGGGAAAAAGUGAGAAGAAAAAAAAUAAAAUUGGUAACUUGAUCAUUGGAGAGAUGGAAUUUCAUCAACAGAAGCACAUUGUGGCCUCCUGUGGAAAGUGGAGCAGAAAACCAGUAACUGUAGUAAAAACCCCUGACAUGUUCAGUCUGUCUGAGGAGAAAAUCCAAGAAGAAGUGAAGAACUGUGUGAGACUCUGUUAUCCUGGACCAAAUGUUCUGCUGCUGUUGGUGAAACCUUCAGAAUUCACUGAAAAAGACAGAGAAACACUGAUGUUCAUCCUGCAUUUGUUUGGUCAAGAUGCCUUCAAAUAUUCAAUAGUCAUCUUAACAAAUGACAGUAAAAACAGUCCAUCUGUCAAUGAGCUCAUCAAUAUGGUUCAAGGAAGAUUCCACAACAUAAGUAAUACUGACCAGAGUCAGUUGAUGAAGCAGGUUGAGACAGUUGUCCAUGAAAACAAAGGGGCAUAUCUGACCUUUAGGGAAGAGACCAGCAGGCCACAAGAUGAACAGAUGCAAUCUUUACUAAACCUGGUUCUAUGUGGGAGGAGAGGAGCAGGGAAGACUUCAGCAGCCAAGGCCAUUCUAGGUCAAAAAGAUCUUCCUUCACCCUCCAACUCAUCAGAGUGUGUUAGAAACCAGGGAGACGUUUUUGGACAUUGGGUUUCUGUGGUGGAGCUGCCUGCCUUAUGUGGAAACGCUCAGCAGGAAGUGAUGGAGGAAUCAUUCAGGUGUAUCUCCCUCUGUGAUCCUGAGGGUGUCCACGCCUUCAUCUUGGUCCUACCUGUGGGUCCCCUCACUGAUGAAGACAAGGGAGAGUUAGAGACCAUCCAGGACACAUUCAGCUCUAGAGUCAAUGACUUCACCAUCAUCCUGUUCACCAAAAAGUCAGAUCCCACAGCUGGAGAUGUCAACUUCAUAGAGACUGAUAGAAACAUCCAGGAGCUCCUUCAGAGCUGUGGAGGAAGAUAUGUUGUUCUCAACAUCAAUGACGAGCAGUGGAUCCACCAACUGUUGGAUAGAGUGGAAAAUAUCAAAGCAGCUGAAGACAAACCAAAAGGCUACAAUUUUAAGACAUUUGCACAUGCCCAAAUUAGUAGACUCAUACAAAAAGAAGCACAUAACAGUAAGCAACAGGAACAGCAGAAGAAUAAAAAUAUCUGUGAGGAAGAGAAGAAGACCUCGGAGAGUUUAAGGAUCGUUCUGAUUGGAAAAACUGGCAGUGGAAAAAGCUCCUCAGCAAACACCAUUCUGAGAAGAAAAGAAUUUGAAGCAUUUUCCAGUCAAGUAUCCAUAACAAAAUGUUGUCAGAAAGCUGAGAGUGAGGUGGACAGGCGUCGCGUUGUUGUUGUUGACACUCCUGGUCUGUUUGACUCGACUCUCUCACAUGAAGAAGUUAAUAAUGAGAUGACAAAAUGCAUCAGUCUUCUGGCUCCAGGUCCACAUGUUUUCCUGCUGGUGGUUUCAAUUGGAAGAUUCACACCAGAGGAGAAGGAAACAUUGAAUUUGAUCAAAAAAGGUUUUGGGAAGAAUUGUGAGAAGUUCACCAUCAUUCUUUUAACCAGAGGAGACGAACUUGGUACAAUAUCUAUAGAAGAGUACAUUAAGAAACAUUGUGAUGAUUCUUUCAAACAGCUUCUGGCUGACUGUGGAGGAAGAUAUCAUGUGUUCUCUAACAACAAAAAGGAUGAAAGACAAAUUAUUGAGCUGAUUAGAAAAAUUGACAAUAUGGUGAAGAAGAAUGAAGGCUGCUGCUUCACCAAUGAGAUGCUGCAAGAGGCUGAAGCUGCCAUACAGAAAGAAAUGAAGAGAAUCCUAAAGCAGAAGGAAGAAGAGAUGCAGAAAAUGAAAGAAGAUCUUGAAAGAAAACACAAAGAAGAUAUGCAAAAUCUUAAAGAAAGAUUAGAAAAAGAGAAACAUUUGAUUGAAAAGGAGAGAGAAGAAAGAGAGAAGCAACUUCAAGAAAUUCAGAUCAAGAUAAAAAAUGAACAACAACAAAGAGAGAGAGAAAAACAAACGAGGGAAGAAGAAGAAAAGAAAAGGAGAGAAUCUGAUGAAAUUGAACUCAACAACUGGAAAAGAAAGUUGAAAGCCUUAGAGGAAAUGACAGACCGAAAACUGGAGGAGAGGCAAGAAGACUUAAAGAAGCAACAAGAAAGUUGGGAGAAAGAGAGAAAAGAAUGGUGGGAGACGAGACACAAAGAGGACAAGGAAAGACAUCAAAAAGAACAAGAACGACUUCAAUCAUUGCAUGAAGAAUAUGAGCAAAAAAGAGAAAAAUCUGAACGUAAAAGGAGAGAAGAAGAUCGAGUUCGAAGGGAACAAGAAGAGAAAGAGCGAAAAGAAUUAGAAGAAAAAUAUAAGACCCAAAUUAAGGUUAUGGAGAUUAGUUUUGAAGAAAGGGCGAGAAAACAAGCAGAGGAACAUAAUGAAUUCAAAGAAAAGAUGAACAAGAACUUUUCAAAGUUGAUAGAUGAUCACAUGGAAGAAGUGAUGCACCUGAAGAAACAACAUCAGAAAAAAAUGGAGCAGAAGCAGCAGGAAAAUGAGGAAAGUUUGAAGCAUCAAAUAGAUAAUCUGCAGGACAAGCAUAAGGAAGAGUUGACAGACCUGAUACUACUGCUUCUGACUCAAGAGAAGAAUAAAAUAGAACACCAAGGCAAAAUCAAAGAAAUGAAAAAACAACACAAGAAGGCAAAGGAAGAUUUGGAGAAAAAAAGCAAUGAAGAAAAGAGUAACAAACUUGAUGAACUGAAGAGAAAAUAUGAAGAGGAAAGAAAAUCCUUGGAGAAAGAAAGUUUGGACAAAGAAAAUACGAGCUCCGCAAUAGACGAAUUGGAUUCAAGACGGAAAAAAGAAACUGAAGAAUUCGCCUACCGAUGGAACCGCUCCACCGAGGACGCCAUCUCUUCCGACAGACCUCAGUCAGUCCAGGGCUGCAUCCUGAACCCCCUGCCGUUCACUCUGAUGACACAUGAUUGCAUCCUCAGCUUCACAACUAAUCACAUCAUGAAGUUCGCUGACGACGCCAUGGUG